CUCCCAGUAAUUGUAUGUAGUAUUUCUUAGAAUAUUUACCGAAAAUAUGGUUAAAACUGUUCCAAAUAAUAUGCAAAUAUCAAGGAAAUUGAAAUAUGUGUGCGCCGCUGCAUGUAUCACGAUCCUAGUGGUAAUAAUUGUGGUUGUGACUAUAAUCCUAACUCGAAAAUCAGGAAAAACUGAAAGAUUUUCAGGAGCUGCAGUUAGUAACGGACCGGGGUGUUCAGAUAUAGCGAUAAAUAUUAUGUCCAAAGGAGGUACAGUAGCCGACGCAACUAUAGCAGCUCUAUUUUGCGAGGGAGUCGUUAUGCCGCAAUCUAUGGGGCUAGGAGGAGGGUUUUUACUCACGCUCUAUAAAAAAGAUACUGGAGAAGCUAUUUCUUUGAAUUCUCGAGAAGUAGCACCUGCAGCUGCUACACGAGAUAUGUUCGGAGGAAAUGCUACUCUGUCAUUAAACGGUGGAUUAUCAGUUGCUGUACCAGGAGAAUUGAGGGGAUAUUGGGAAUUGUACGAAAAAUACGGAGGUGGUGUUUCGUGGAAGGAUAUAAUUAAACCCAGUAUUGAUUUGUGCAAUAAUGGCAUACCGAUUACUGAAUACGUAGACUACGUAUUGAGAUCCAAUAAGGAUAAAAUUCUGUCAGAACCACAGCUAACAAAUAUUUUUGUCGACCCAAAAACGAAUGAGUUAUAUAAACAAGGAGAUGUUUAUACGCGACCUCUGCUGGGGGCAACACUAACAAAAAUAGCCGAAGAAGGUGGCGAUAUUCUACAUAAUGGUUCCCUAACCUCAAUUUUAGUAAAAGAUAUACAAAAUCGGAAUGGCAUAAUUACGAUAGAGGAUAUGAAUAAUUAUAGACCAAAAUGGCAGACACCAAUUAAUUUAACUUUGACAGGCGGUCAUAAAUUAUACAGUCAACCUUUACCUGGUUCUGGUGUUGUUGUGGCGAUGAUUCUAAAUAUAUUAGAUAACUUUUUAGACAUUGAAAAUCAAGAAUCUAUAGAAAAUUAUCAAAAAAUCGUGGAAACUUUUAAAUUUUCUUAUGCCAAAAGGAGUUUAUUGGGAGAUCAAGAUUUUGUACCGCUCCAAGAGAUACUCGAUGAAAUUACUUCAACUACAUUUGCCGAACGAAUCCGAAAAUCUAUUAACAUCACUGCUACUUCUUCGGAUACAUCAUAUUAUGGUGCGAAUUAUUCUGUCCAAGAAGAUCACGGAACAGCAAAUUUAUGUAUCCUAGCACCGAACGGAGAUGCUAUUGCCGUAACUAGUACAAUUAAUUAUAUAUUUGGUGGUAUGGUUUCGGAAAGUACUGGAAUCAUUUUGAAUGAUCAAAUGGAUGAUUUUUCUUCCGACAAUAUCAUCAACGCGUAUAAUUUACCACCGUCACCAGCCAAUUACAUUGAACCAAGGAAACAGCCGUUGUCUUCGAUGUCACCUAGUAUAGUAGUCGAUGCAAAUGGUGAUGUUGUUAUGGCAAUUGGGGGAGCUGGGGGAUCCAAAAUAAUCACCAGUAUAGCUCAGGUUAUAGUUAGGCAUCUCUGGUAUGGAACAGAAUUACAAGCAGCGUCAAAUUUCAAGCGAUUCCAUCAUCAGUUAUGGCCAAUGCAAGUGGAUCUCGAACCUCUGUUCGAAACCGAAGCCGCUUAUAUCGCAGAAGGUCUAAAAGAAAUAGGCCAUGAAGUUGUUUACGUUGAUGGACGUGGAUUCGCCGCCGUGACGUGCGUAUCUACGAGAAACGCGGGAUCUGUCACAGGAGCUUGGGAUAUAAGAAGAUCGGGUUCUGUAACGUAUCUGUGAUAUUAAAAUUAUUCAUAGUAAAC